AUGGGACACGGUUCUCACUCUUCAAUUGUUCAAUAUCAGAUCAAAAGAGGCACACCUUUCCAAGAGAAUAGUACUCCAACACAGCCAGCUUUUGAACUUCCAUAUUCGCCUGCCGCUGCUAAACAAAUGAAUACAGAGAUCAGCCCCAACGGCUCCACCAGCGAGUCAAGGGGAAUCACCCCUAUUUUAACAGGAGCAGCUGCUGCCACCGAUGCUACUGCAGCCACUGCUACAACUACUGGUGCUACUAUAGAUGCAUCAAAUGAGGCGCAGAGACAUCAUCACUAUCAUCAUUACCCGCUUACAAAUCUUCAUACUCUUUCUCCACAGCAACAGCAACAAUUGCUCUAUAUACAGCAACAGCAGCAACAACAACAGCAACAGCAACAGCAACAGCAACAGCAACAGCAACAGCCUCAACAGUCACAGCCCAAAAAACCUCAACAAUCUCAACAGCCCUUGCAACAGCCCUUGCAACUGCCUCAACAACAGUCCCUGCAACGGCCUCAACAGACUCAACAGCCCUUGCAACAGCAACAAACACCACAGCCACAGCAAAGAGUUCAAGCUAUUAGAAGACAAAGUUCCAGCACCGUCAUAUCACAGACGUCCUCUCAAAUUCAGCCUGAAGCUGCCAAUCAACGAUCUCUGACCGGGGAGGAAGAGAUCCUCGCUUCAAAUCUCCAGGAGACUUACAAGGCCAUUUUGAAGCUAGAAGUGGAAACACAACAAGGCUGUUCCGAAGUGAAUCAGAGACUCAUAGAAAAUGAUGCAGGUGCAGAAAUAACGUCACAGCUUUGGGUCGUUUACAAAAAUGUCGUACAGCUUUUGGACCACUACUAUGAUUUUCUUCUCUACGCUUUGUCACCCACAUCCGCAAGGGCCGGAAAGCCUCUUGUGAUGAACUAUCGGAUCCUGCGUCGAAUGUGGGUUUAUGGCGUUGUCUCUUUUUUGGAGGUAUUAAAGAAUGUCGCUGCCAUAUUUGUAGAGCAUGAAAUCUGUGCCUGUUUCAUUGCGUACGCUUUCAACAUCAUAUCCUGCCUUACAGACCCUCAAUUGGGUGUAGAGGGCUGGUGGGCGGAGAAGCUCGGCGACCUUUCUCGCAUGGCUAUUGCACUCUAUCCUGGCAGAUACAUGGAUUGGAAAGCUUCCUCUGUAUCAUGGUAUCGUGCUGCCAUGGAAACGCAGUUUGGCCACGGUAAAAUAUAUUAUCAUGCAUGCACCGUGGAAAGUGACAAUCUAGAGGCUCUUGUUGAUAUCGGAAAGAGCGUUACCUGUCGAGAUCCGUUUGUUCCCACUCAGCAGUAUCUGCGAAUGAUUGUAGACAAUGUUUGCUCUCAGAGAAACAUCCUAAGCUCCACCGAAAUGGCUAUGAUCGAUUUCGUCAAGAUUCAUAAGAUUCUGCUCUUACCCAACUAUGAAGGAAGCCAGGAAAUGGUGAGCCUUGUGUCACAUUACGCUACUCAUUUUGGCAUGGAUAGUGGUAAUCUAGACUUUUUCCAGUUACGCUCUGGGGCUGUACCAAGUGAAAAGCUUCAAUUUUGGUAUCAGAAGUCUGCCAAUUUUGCUCUUUGCAAUAUCAAUCAUAUCAUUGGAUUCGGCGAUAGCCGGAAUCCGUUAGCGAAACUCUUCAACUUACCGGAAGCACUUAAGGAACGUAAGGAACGCAAGGAUAAGCACAGAAAAUCGACACGCACUUUGGAUGCCGAUGGCAAGUCCAAUAUCGAGGAUGAUCCAGAUGCCUUGUACUACUCUACUGCGUCCGAGCAGGAUGAAACCUCAUGGUUCCAACUUCUCAGCUACCUGAAUCGUGGAGUUGUAGAGCUUUCCAUGCGAAUGCUUCUUCAGUACGUUACAGGGCCUAUACAAACGUCUACCCCCCAUGUUAUUGUUUGGCUCUAUUUUGUGGCUGCUGUUGGAAAAGCUGUCCAAGUGCAGCCGUCUGCCAAACCAUUGUUCAUUCAACUAGUUCACAGAUUUUUUCCCUGGUCUAAAGUGAUUCCUUACUUAAACGAUAUCCUGUGCAUUCUCCGGUUUUCACCGGAAUCUUCCGCCUUGUUGAAAGCAGACAUUGAUAAUUUAAAACUCGAUGACCGCGAUGUUCUUCUGUACCAUUCAGAGAAUGAGAAUCUUUGGGAGGUUUGGAAAUGUUGGGGAUCACUGUGGUUUGAUGCCCUUUCUUGCAAGAAGGAUUACGGAUCAGUUAUCGACAGUGGUGUUAGAACUGAUAUCUUCGAUAUGCCCGCCGGAGGUCCUCGUUACAAGUUCACCGAGAACAGACCGAGAUUUGUGCGGAUAGCUGUGUUGGGUAAUUACAUCGCUCAAAAUUUCCCGGAGAUGGGCCUCACCAUUGAUUGCAACAUCUUCAAGUACGCUCCUGAUCAAACUGGCACAAUGAUUACCCCCGGGGAAUCAUCUAGAUUAGAAUCCUUCUGCCAGGAUCAACGUUUUCAAGGCCUCUUCGAGAAGCCUUCUGCUGAGCUAACGCUGGCUGGAAAAACUGACUUCACAGUCACUUUCAACGCUGAAAAAUGGGUCGAUGAGAAUGCCAGUCCUCAGCUGCCUACGAUGGAGGCCAAUUCAUAUGGAUUUAUGACUGCUUUCCUCAACAAUGAAUAUCCAGCCGUGAAUCCCGACGAAGAGCAUCAGGAAGAACAGCAGGUGCAGGCUGAUGAUGAGGUUGAGUACAACGACAUGUACUUGCAACAUGGUGCUUAUCAGGCGGAUCCACUGAGAAUCGCUGGAGACCUCGGUGAUAAAAUGGACACUUCGCUCACAUUUAUAUCUCUUGAUACCAAUACUUGGCUCAAGCAUUGCGGUAGAGUGUUCAAAUGUGUUCGGGCUGAAAUUUUCAGACUUUCGGUUCCAUUAACAGUGUUUCAGGAGCUACGUUCGCUUCGUCGAUCGACAGACGCUUCUGUUGCAGAUUCUGCUACUAGAGCUGUGAUAAUCAUUCGCCAACUAUAUUCAGAAGAGGACGUUCUGCCAGUUCGUGCUGACGGCUCAAAGGCAUCGUCAUUGAACGAGACGCUUGAGUUCGAACAGAACCAAAACUGGCGGUCUAACACGGAUGAGAUCAUUAUGAAGUCUAUAAAACUGAACGAUGAUCUUGGGAAGUCGCUUCUCUUGGGCAAUAACUACCGUAUAAACAAGGGUGGUAAGAUACUAACUCGUGUUGAAGCUAGUGCGUUCAAGUACAACAUACUAAUUACAGAUGACCGAAAUAUGAGUCUACGUUCCAAGGCCAUACGAUUGGUUAACUUCUCGAGCGCUUGGUUAUUUAAGCAGAUCGAAAGGGUUUCUAAUGGAAGAUGCUCCGACUGA